UCCCCCGGCAAAGUCUACAAGAGGGACGUGUAUCGGGACGACGGGGCGCGGCCAGCUCUCGGGAUCGCGACGGGGCGAUCACUGGGCGACACUGAACAUUAUUAGCUCUGGGACUUUGGACGACGGGCGGGCGGGUGAGCUCGCGCGCCUCUCUGGAAGAGACGUCCAGAGUUGGGAUUUGCAGCCAACAGAGGUGUCCCCCUGUCGCGUUGUCCAGUCAGCUGGCCGCAGGCUGGACAAGGCAGCAGGGCGACCAGGGGCGGGGCAGCCCCAGCCAAUGGGCCGGCCCGGGGCCGGUGACGCCACGGCCAAUGGCCCGGCAGCGCGGGACUUUCAAGUCGCUGUCUCCGCCCCGCCGCGGGGAAGACUGCGCCUAUAAAGUCGGCCGGCUCGUUCCCGCUCAGGUCUCCGCGCUUCUCGUCUCGGUGUGUCCCAUCCCCGUCAUGGCCCGCACGAAGCAGACCGCCCGCAAGUCCACCGGCGGCAAGGCCCCGCGCAAGCAGCUGGCCACCAAGGCUGCCCGCAAGAGCGCGCCGGCCACGGGCGGCGUGAAGAAGCCGCACCGCUACCGGCCCGGCACCGUGGCGCUGCGCGAGAUCCGGCGCUACCAGAAGUCGACCGAGCUGCUGAUCCGCAAGCUGCCGUUCCAGCGCCUGGUGCGCGAGAUCGCGCAGGACUUCAAGACCGACCUGCGCUUCCAGAGCUCGGCCGUCAUGGCGCUGCAGGAGGCGAGCGAGGCCUACCUGGUGGGUCUGUUCGAGGACACGAACCUGUGCGCCAUCCACGCCAAGCGCGUCACCAUCAUGCCCAAGGACAUCCAGCUGGCCCGCCGCAUCCGCGGGGAGCGGGCCUGAGCGCCACGCGUCGGUUCCAUCCCACCAAAGGCUCUUUUCAGAGCCACCACGUGCGCCCGAAGGAGCUGUUCGCCUCUCUGUCCUUGUCUACUACGGUCAUGGGGAGAGGUCGGUUUCGGGGUGGUCGAGGAGCAUCUAUGGGUGGUCUAAUUUUCUCAGUUGUUGCACUUGUGGCCCUUUAAGGCUUCUUUGCAGGAAGUUUCCCAAAACACCUGUUGAAGUAACCCAGUAGCAUGCUCUGGGAACAAAUGCUUUCACAGCCGCCUUGCAAAAGUGUUCUAUUGUGGCCCUUUAAUGGGUGUUUGUUGAAUUGGGUUUGUUUUUUUUUUUUAAGCGAUUGUUGGGUUUUCUUAUUAACCUCUUUGUCUAGUUCCCUAGUUCAAUCAGUCUGCAACGCCUUUUGUCUGCCUGGGCAUCUUAAACCUGUGCUGUAUUUCAACUGGUAUUGCUAAUGAUAUCGCUGGUGCUGAGAUGGGUUGGAGCGACCCUGCCAUAAGGCAGUCGCUAAGGAAACAGCAUCGCAGUCCAGGAGUUAAAGGAUCUGUUGUGUAAGCAUGACAGGAAGUAUCCUCUACUGAUGAGUGCCACGCCCACCACUGUCCAAUCCUGGGUGUGCUAUGACCUGGGUGGGAAAAAUAGUGCACCCAGUGCCUGAGCAUGUCGGGGACCCUGCUCUAGCGGGGAACCGGCCUUCCUAAAGAAGCUGAACGUCCCGGACACCUAGAUUUCAGCUACCUUAUAACCUUCCUAGACUUCUGAAGAUAAUUGUUGUUUCUUCCCUUUACUUCUAGACAAUGUCUGGGGACUGACUAUGUGCUCAUGAUCGGUGGUAAGUGGGCCACUAUCAGUAAUAUCCAGUGACACCCGCCUUCCCCCUAUUCCUGUGGAGUUGAGGAAUUAGACCUCUUGUAGCCUCUUGGAACUCAAUAUGUAUUACUCUUGUUUGACCUUAUUCUGUGGCAAUUGGUUACUUUCUCCCCCUUAUUUCCAUUUAAUUUACUUUAAAAUGCCAACCCAACUGCAAUAUGAUAUAAUAUAUGCAUUAUAUAUCAGAGACUUCUGUAC